CAAUGUCAAAAUAUGGUGCUAUAUUCGUAAUGGUUUAAAUUGAUUUUGGUAAGGUGAAAUAAAAUUUACUUAUUUAGAUUCUUUCUGUUUUACGAAGUAUUCUUCUGUUUUUCUUUGCUAACUACACGUUCUAUUAAAUAAAAAGUCGGUAUAGAAAAGAAGUGACUUUUCCCAAUCAUGGGAAAUGCCGGAAGCAAUCAACAAAAAGAGUGGAACAGAGAUUUGGCUAAAUCACCAGAUGUCGGUCCAUCUUCACCAGCUAAGGAAGGAGAGGCCUUUACAUUUGACAAAAAACCCGAUCAAUGUAUUGAAGAAGAUAAUAACAUCGAAGAUGGAGCUCCAUAUUAUACUAAGGCUGUUCCAGAAAGUAGUGUAGAAUACAAUGAACCGCGUGAAAGGUCAAAUACGCUUACUGACAGUAACAAAACCAGCGAUGACGCAAAGGUCCUGCCUACUGUGUUCAAGUGGGAAGGUGGUGGCAAACAGGUUUAUAUCAGUGGGACCUUCACAGAUUGGAAAACAAUACCUAUGGUAAAGUCACAUGGAGACUUUGUAACAAUAAUUGAUUUACCAGAAGGAGAGCACCAGUACAAAUAUUUUGUGGAUGGGGAGUGGAGACAUGACCCUACAAUGAAAGUUAUAGACAAUGGAAUGGGUUCUAAGAAUAAUUUAGUCAGUGUCAAAAUGUCUGACUUUGAGGUGUUCCAAGCUUUGGCCAAAGAUAGUGAGGGUAUCCACAGCAGUGCCCAGACAGAAUAUUCACAGGAAAUCCCUCAGUCUAAACCAUGGGAGAAAGUGUCAGGCCCACCAAUAUUACCUCCUCACUUGCUUCAAGUUAUACUUAAUAAGGACACUCCUUUGUCGUGUGAACCAACAUUACUGCCAGAACCGAACCAUGUGAUGUUAAAUCAUCUGUAUGCAUUGUCAAUCAAAGAUGGUGUCAUGGUGUUGUCGGCAACCCAUAGGUACAGGAAGAAGUAUGUUACUACACUUCUUUACAAACCAAUUUAAACCAAAGGGUUAAAUUUUAUUGUAAAAAUGUUAUUAAGUAGUCAAAGUUUAUCAUAAUUGAAGUUGGUCUGGUGCUAGUAAAUCAUUAAUAAUUUUUUUGUUUGCUGAGAAUUGAUUAAAUUUUGAUAACAAUUUAAUUAAAAACUCAAUUAGAUUAUUCAACUUUAGGUGUGUUCAUUUUCAGUAUAAAUAAAGUUUUGAAUAUUCUGUUCAACUUUUGACAUCAUAAAUAUACAACAAUAUAUAAAGUACAAAUUAUAUAAAAAAGCAGUAUUAAAAGGCCUCUCAUCAACUGUUUAGAACAGAAUUGAAAAUAAAAUUAUUAAAAAAAUAUAUAUAUGUAAAAUAGAUAAGAAAAGACAUGCUUUCUAAUUUCUGUGUAUAAGCAGAGGCUUUUCACAAUUCAUGGCUCCCCACUUUGAGAUUUGUCCCUGUGAGGAGGUAAUACUCCACUAGCAGAUUGUUUCCAAUCCAGGGGAUUUAUUUAGGGCAGCAAUUUUAAAACGGACAUUUUAGGGUCAUUACAAUGAAAACAUUAUGUAUGAUAUUUAACUUGUAAUAAAUUUAUAACAAUCCUAUAUUUACUGCCUCGUUUUCAAUUUGCAUGGUGAUUUCUUUUUUCUUGCUGACUUUGAUAUUGUUCGGGUCACACAGGAUGCACCUAUUGAAUAUAUAAUUUUAAUUGUUUUUGAGAGAUCAUACUCAGGUUGCCAUGACAAGUCGCAGAAGUGUCCGCGCAUAGUCAGGCUCAGUAGAACCCCAGAUUGCGCGGAGUGUUUGCGAGUCAAAAUGAGCGCAAGCGCCAGGAGCCUGUGCUGAUUCUUACCAUAGCUGAGCUCAUAAACAAACGUAAAGCAAGAUCAACUAAACUAAACGUGAUACGAUACGAAUAAUUGCAACGUUCUAGGUUCGUGAGAAUGGCUGUUGCCUUUAAAGAGGACCAAAUUGUAAAGAAGUAAAAGGAAAGUCGUAGAUAUUGUAUUCAUUAACAUAAUACUUUAUUGACAUAAAAUAAUUCCGACAAAUACAUUUUUACACGUUGUUUUGACUUUUAAAGAUUUAUCUUUGAGCGUGUCCCAAUGUCGUUAUUUAAUAAGCGUGUACACCCUCGAUCAAUUAUAAAUAGUUUUUAAGCAAGGCUUAUAGUUAAUUAAAUAAACAUAAAAUAAA